AUGCCUCGAUUUAAUUUGUUAUGUUUUGCCGUGUUCUUGGUCUUUCUUUCUGUCGCUUCUGCUGUGACUAUGAACGUUACUGUAGGCGGUCCUAAUGGCGAAUUAACUUUUAGCCCAGCUAACUUUACUGCUAAUGUAGGCGACACGAUCAAUUUCGUUUGGGCGGGUGGACAGCAUUCUGUUAUGCUUGCUGAUUCCGUUGGUUCUUGUACCCCAUCAACUAAGAUUCAAGGCGGCAGUGCUACAAAAAGUAGUGGCUCUGUAACAUACGUAAUUGAUGGUAAAAAUCCUAAAAUCUGGUAUUAUUGUGGUGUAGGUAUGCACUGCGCAAAGGGUAUGUUUGGUACAAUAAGUGUGACAGGUGCUACAAGUGCUGGUAACACCACCACACAAUCUAGUGCAAAUCGUAUUUCUGGAGGAGUGAGUUUGGGAGUUCUUAUGGUGGCUGGUGCUGCUGCUUUCUUGUUCUAA